ACCUUGAACUUUAUAAUGAAAACUUCCGGUUGUAGCGUUUCACAGAAAUGAAAUUUUGAUGAAAUAUUUCAGAUCUCUGAGUAGUAAACAGAUAUGCCUGCAAUAUCAUUAGAACGGAUUCCAUUACCAAGUCUACAGACAUAUACGUCUAUAUCAGCAGUACUGUUGGGAUGUUGUCUUUUAUAUGCACACCAGACAGUGAUGUCUACAGACACUGUAAUCAUAACACCUAUUGCAGAUGACAUAAAAAUAGGCUCUUUAAAAUCAGUUGAAGCAAUUAACAGCACACCUGAAAAAUUAGAAGUUCCAGUAAAAAGUACAAACCCAUAUGAUAUACAUGUACUAACUGGUCAAAAGGAUGAUACAACAGAGAUUAAGGUUAUUGAGUCUACAGAGGAUACUAUAGAAACAUUUGAUGAAAAUGUAAACAUCACUCUACCUUAUGAUAGUUAUGCAUGGAAUAUGAUUUUUAUCCUGACUACAGAAGUAUGGUGUGUUUGGACAUUAGUAAACACAACAUAUUGUGCAUUAAUUUUACUAGCAAAAUCUAUUCAGAAGAUUGUGUUUGGCGAGCUUCGUGUCAGUGAGCAACAGCAUCUUAAAGAUAAGUUUUGGAACUUUGUAUUCUACAAAUUUAUCUUUGUAUUUGGUGUAAUGAAUGUACAAACAAUGGAAGAAGUUGUAUUAUGGGUGGCCUGGUUUUCUUCUCUCGGUUUCUUUCACCUUAUGACACAGCUAUCAAAAGAUAGAUUUGAAUAUCUAUCGUUCUCUCCAACAACCCCACGAUCAGCUCAUAUAAAACUGUUGGUUUUAUUAUUUAUUGUCUUAUUAUCAUGUGGCGGUUUGAUGGCUGUUUGUAUUUAUACUGGUUUCUAUGCUGGAUUGACUAUCUUUUCCUUCAUGGCUGCAGAGUGUAUAUUAUUGGGUAUCCGAACAUUACAUGUAUUGGUCAGGUAUUUUAUACAUUUGUAUGAUAUGAAUGUAGAAGGUGUUUGGGAGAAUCGUUCUACCUAUGUAUAUUUUACAGAACUAGUAUUUGAACUAGCUGCUCUGUCUAUUGACUUUACACAUCAUCUCCAUAUGUUGCUUUGGGGUAAUAUAUUUCUCAGCAUGGCAAGCCUUGUCAUUUGUAUGCAGCUCAGAUAUUUAUUCUAUGAAUUCCAAAGAAGAAUUAAACGUCAUAAAAAUUAUCUUCGUGUUGUUAAAAAUAUGGAUGCUAAGUUUCCUAUGGCAACAACAGAAGAACUGGAGAAAAAUGCUGAUAAUUGUGCUAUAUGCUGGGAAAAAAUGGAUGUUGCUAGAAAAUUACCAUGUGGACAUCUUUUCCACAAUGCUUGUUUAAGAUCAUCAUUAGAACAGGACACAGCAUGUCCGACAUGUCGCAUGUCAUUAGGUGAUGAUCAGCCUGUAGAUAGAGAAGGGGCAAUACCAAUGGCAGCAGCUAAUGUACCCAAUGAUAUUCCUGUUGCCAAUCCAGCUGUCAAUCAACCACUUGUAAAUCAUUUCUUCCAUUUUGAUGGAUCCAGAUAUGUAAGCUGGUUACCAAGUUUUUCUGUAGAAGUGACUCAUACUAGCUUGUUACCCGGGCAACAACAACAACGUAUCCAGACAUCACAGUUAGAUAACAUGGCUCGUCAAGUUCAGAAUGUUUUUCCAAGCAUGCCAUUACCUACUAUUAUGGAUGAUUUACGUGUUACUAGAUCAGUGGAUUUAACAAUAGAUAAUAUUUUAGAAGGAAGGUUAAUUGUGCCACCAACCACCUCAUUAGCAUCAAGAACAGAAAAUACAGAUUCUGCAGUAGAAAUUAUAGAUUCUUUACCUACCAUGUCUGAGGAAAAUAUUAUGACUAAUAGCGAUAUGUCACAAAGCUUGUAUACUACAUCACAUAGAGAAGACUUAGACAUACUACCAUCAGUAGAGAAUACCGAGGAACUUAUAGAUGAGUCUAUGCCUUCUACUUCAACAUCAUUGAGUGAAGAAUUUUCUCCUGGUCUUCAUGUAUCAGGUGGUCGAUUUUCAAAAUCAUCUGAAGAAAGGAUGGACAUGUUAGCUCAGAGAAAAAAUACGAUGAUGACACAAGCACGACGGCGAUUUUUGUCAAGAACUAAUCCAGAUGAUAUUGAUUCCAGUGAUACUACCGAAUAUAGUUGUGAAGAUAUAACAACAAAUUUAUCCGAAUCAACUAACGAAAAUGCUCAAAGCAGAAGAAGUUUGAUUUUAGAAGCCACAGAAAGACGAUUAAAUCCUACACAAUCUGAAUUAUCAAGCUGAUAACACCUCAUAUCAUGUUCUUUUAUUGUACAGAAUUUAUCAUAAUAAUUAUCUGUGAUUACUUGUAUAUUUCUAAAAACACAAACUAUUCAUCCUAUAUUUAAACUAUUAGAUAUGAUUUCUAGUGUUUAUAUACCACAGUUGUAUAUUUUAACUAUAACACAUAUUUACACAUAAAUUCUAGUGUUUAUAUACCACAGUUAUCAAAAAAUAAAACAAAGAAAUGAUUUGAAAGUGUUAAGAUAAUAACCACUUAUGAAUUAAUUGUUUUAUAACAAUCUUAAAUCACCAUGAUAGGUGCUUUACUUUUUUUGUUUGUGUUGAGGAACUUUUUCAGACGUAAGAGUUACAUGUUUGAAAUUUUCAAGAAUUGGUUUAUCAUGUAAUAUAUGUACUAUAUAUGUAUGCAGAAUCUUUAAUAUAUUAAUUUAUUUGAGCCGUUUAGAUGUGAUAAUAAUUGCCAAUUUUGAUUGGAAAAUGAGGAAAAAUUAAAUUUCAUUUGGGAAUGGCAUUGUAAAUACUGAUGAUUAUUAUGUGGUCCCUUAUGAGAAAGUAAACCCAUGGUUUUUAGACCAUUACUUUAUUCCAAUGACCUGUCGACGUAAAUACAUUUUCAACUUCUUCAUUAGGGUCGAGGGCCAUGAAACUUAUUUUUACUUAAUUGAAGUCUUACUGAUAUUUUUAGUCGCUUAUUGACUCAACCAGUUCCCAAUGCAUUCUUACAAUGUAUAAAUUUCUGUUUGAUCUUUCACACAGGAUAGACAAGUCAAAUUAUUUUGUAAAGAACAAUAUUCAUGUAGCCAAAGUGAAAAUGAAAAAUGAAAUGAAAUGGGGAUUAACGUCCUACUGUUCUGCACCUAUACGGGCAUACGCCAUGCCGUGUGCUAUGAGGGAAAUUUCGCCUGGACAGUGGCACUAUGGCCUACUCUUAUAUCAAAUUCCAACUGUCAAGGGAUCUUUUACAUGCUCGACAAUAUAUACACGGGACCUCGGUUUUUCGUCACAUCCAAAUGUCUAGACAACUGUCCUUGUCAGGACACCCCCCGUCCUGCAUCACUGUCAAGGGGAACCAAAGUCAAUAUAAUCUGGACUGGAUGGAUUCUAACUAGACUGGUAAGGGAUAUGUAUGGUCUAGCAACUCUCAAAAUGCUUAGCAUGUCAUUUAUUCAUAUUUAACUCAGAUAGUGGAUAUACAGAUGCAUUUAUUGGGGUAAUCUUCCGUACCCAUUAGACUAAGGAAAAAUAUGAUGCUGUCAUUUUUCACUUUUUAUGAAUUUAUUAUGUAUUUAAAGUAGUAUAAUGUCAUAAUUUGUAGAUAUUGGUAAUGAUUACUUUGCUAUCGUAAAUAUUUUGAAGAUUUAAACGCAUUUAUAUAUCCAAGACAAUGUAUUAUGAACCUUAUAAGGUGUGGGACUCUUGUUUUUCAUCAGAUCAACUGUAUAUAUUGUAAUACCGUUAUUUUAAUGCCUUUAUGUUAUUGAAGUCUAUGAAAUUAUAUCUAUUUUUUCUUUAUCCUGUUGCAUCUAUAUUUUCAGGUUAAAACAUUAUAUACAAUUCAGCUGAAAAGAGUAAAUUGAUUAAUUUUCAAUUCAUAUCUAACAAGUCCCAGAAAAAGAUUCUGUUUCAUUAGUAUCGCCUGUAUCAGGCUGUUUUGAUGUUGUCUAUAAGUUACAGUAUUGAUGUGACAAGUUGUAUUAAUUCUUUUGAUUUUCAUUCCAACAAGCAUUAACAUAUAUGUUAUGGUAUUUUGAUUACUUACAGUUUAGAAUUGAAAGUGUUGACAUUCACUAUGUUUCAUUGUUCUCUGAAUUUGAGUAGAACAGUUCAAAUAUUAUCUAUAUGUAGAAAGUCCAUGUGAAAUACAAUUGAAGUUAUAUUGAUAUUCAACAUUUGGUUAGUAUCUUUCUGGUGAAAUCAAAUACUGGAUUUCUCGAUAUAUACAAGGCACAAUUUUAUACAUGUUACUGGUAAUUCAAAAUACCAGCUUUUAAGAGCUCAAAUACUUUAAUAUUUUAUUGAAUUGAGUUCACCCAAACAGGAAUAAAGUGUCUGUAAGUGUUAAGAGAAUAUGCAUGUAUAAAUAUAUUUUGAAUUAUUUAUUGUAUGUGUAAAUAAUUGACAUAAUAUAAACAUUCUAUCUUA